CUCCACUUGUGUUUAUAUUUUCACUAAACUACAGUACAUCUUUUUCUUUUUUUUCUUUUUGAGAAAGAAAUUUUUUCUAAUCUGAUUCAACUCGGUUUUUCUUUUUUUUUUUCAUAUAGAAAAUGUCGCAAGACCUGUUUAAUGUCCCUAUUUUCUUUAUCAUUUUUCGAGAGACAUGUGAAGCAGCCAUUAUUGUGUCUGUAUUACUGUCAUUCUUGAAGAAAGUGUUUGACACUGAUUCACUUAUUUACAGACGUUUGCGUAACCAAGUAUGGAUUGGGGCCGGGCUAGGUCUAUUCAUCUGUCUCUGUAUUGGUGCUGCUUUCAUUGCUGUUUGGUAUACUGUGCUUGGUAAUCUUUGGGGAAACUCAGAAUACAUCUGGGAAGGUGUUUUCUCUUUGGUGGCUACUGUCAUGAUCACAAUGAUGGGUUUAGCCAUGUUAAGAACAGAAAGAAUGCAAGAGAAAUGGAAAGUAAAAUUGGCAAAAUCAAUGGAAGACAAGGGAGAAAAACUCGGAUUCAAGGCAUGGAUGCAAAAAUACUCCUUCUUCUUUUUACCAUUCAUUACAUUAUUGAGAGAAGGUCUUGAAGCUGUUGUGUUUAUCGGUGGUGUCUCACUCAAUGUUACUGCCAAAUCUAUUCCUAUUGCUGCUAUUAUGGGCUUCAUUUGUGGUUGCAUUGUUGGUCUGAUUAUCUAUCGCGGUGGUAGCCUUAUUCAGUUGCGUUGGUUCUUUAUUGCAUCUACAAUAAUUUUGUAUCUCGUUGCUGCUGGUCUGAUGUCAAAGGCUGUUGGCUUUUUAGAGCAAGACGCUUGGAACAGAGUCAUUGGUGGUGAAAGUGCUGAAGAAAGUGGAAGUGUCAUUGGAUACAAAGUAACUACUGCUGUUUGGCAUGUAUCUUGGGGAGACCCAGAAAAGAACUCUGCCGAAACUGGUGGAUGGCAAAUCUUUAAUGCUAUUCUUGGUUGGAACAACACUGCUACUAUUGGUACCAUUAUCAGUUAUUGUCUUUACUGGGUUCUUGUUUCCCUUUUCCUUGUCUACAUGCAUUGGAAGGAACAUCGCGCAGCACUCAUGAAGCUUCAAAGAGGUGACUGGGAGCCUAAUGGUGAUGUUGCCCUUGACCAAGCAAAGAAGUUUAUUGAUAAAGAAGGUGCUAUCGUCGGUCAAGAAGAACAAGCUGUUGAUGCACAAAAUUUUACUGGUGUCACCAUUAGCGAUGCUCAUGAAGAAACCAUUGAAAUAGAAACAUUACAUAAGAAGCUUGAAUCAAAAGCUUAACACUUACUAUCUUAGUUGUAUUAAUAUAAACCACCAGUAAUAAUUAAAAAAGUAAUAGCUUAGUUGACAGCUGUAUUCAAAAAAAAAAAAAAAA